AUGUCAACUACCAUCUGGUACGGAAACAUGUCAGAGGAUGAACAAAACAUUAAUUAUGAACAAGAUCAAGAAUCUGUCUAUUUAUGUUCAGCAAAUGAAAUUAAUUAUCAUGUGGAAAUUCAUGCACAAAAUGAAAAUUUUGAAUUAAAUGAUGAUGAUAAUAUACAUAAUGAAUCAUUGGAUGAUGCAUUAACAGAGGCUCAUGUUCAAGAUGAACUCUCUGAAAUGAUAACUGAUGAUGAUUUAGAUGAUAUGUCCUUACCAGAAAUAAUGAAAAUCCAUUUAUCUCUUAAACAACAUUAUUCAAAUUAA